AUGAAUCUGAAGUUUCUCUUAACACUUCCUGAACAUCUGGAACACAGAAUCACUGCAAUCAGGGAAAGCAGAGAUCUGCAUGAGAUAUCUCUGGAGAGACUCUACGGGGUUUUAAAAACGUAUGAACUUGAACAAGUUCAGACAAAGCAGAGAUAUGGCUGGGGUAAAACACUUGGGAACUCGAGAGCUUUAAUUGUUGAAACACCUCAACUGGAAGAAAAGAAGGAUGUUGUUGUUCCUUCUAAAACCAUUCAGGAAUUUGUUGUGCCUGAGAUGGGUCAGACUGUUUCUUCUAGUGGUGAUGAUGAGUUCUACACAAUGGAAGAGUUGGAGCAAUUAGUAGAUCAAUCUCUAUCACUGUUUGCCAAGAAGUUUGGAAACAUGAGAUUCAGGAAGAACCCUUCUUACAAAUACAAACCCUUUGCUAACAAGUUUCAAAAGGGAGGUUCUUCAUCUUCUUCCAACAAAGAAGGAUACAAGACUGGAAUGGUUGAUCGAAAACAUCAAUUUGCUAAAGUCAGAGUUUUAGAAAAGAGUGAAACUGCUUUAAGACUUCAGGUAGAAGAAGAAAGAAUUAGGUGUAAAGCCUUUAAGGAUGCCUCCACUUUAGUCAAAGAGAUAAAUGAUCAACAGGAGAUUAACAGAACUGUUGGAAUAGGUUAUGACUAUAACAAAUCUGUAGGCAAGGGUGCCGGAGGAAUUGUACGAGUUGUUUGGGUGCUUGACAGUGGAGCGUCAAGGCACAUGACUGGCAUGAAUUCCCUGCUGACAGAAGUAAGAGAGACAACUGGCCCUUCAGUUACUUUUGCUGACAAUAGCAAAGGUCGAACUGUAGGAUAUGGCAAGUACAAAGUUGGAAAGAUCAUCAUAGAAGAGAUUGCUAUAGUUGAAGGACUUGAACAUAAUCUCCUCAGUAUCAGUCAGUUCUGUGACAAGGGAUACUCUGUUCAUUUUGAAAAGGAGACAUGUACAAUCAGACAUAUCAAGAAUGAACGUCCUUCACUAUUUGGCAUAAGGAAAGGUGAUAUCUAUGUAGCUGACUUAUCUUCUGGACCAGGAAAUGCAAUACAGUGUUUUUAUGCAAAGGCAUCUGCUGAAGAUAGUUGGUUAUGGCAUAAGAAGCUCUCUCAUCUCAACUUCAAAACUAUGAACUCUCUGGUCAAGAGAGAUCUAGUGAGAGGAUUGCCUUCCCUAGAAUUUACAACUGAUGAUAUCUGUGAAGCUUGUCAGAAAGGAAAAGCAAAGAGAGCAUCUCACAAAAGCAAGACCAUCAAUAGCAUCACUGAUCCAUUGCAGCUAUUGCAUAUGGAUUUGUUUGGCCCAGUGAAUGUUAUGUCAAUUGAUGGAGGAAGAUAUGCUUUGCCUGGUUCAACUCAUUCGUUCGACAAGACAAAUGGUUUAGUUGUCUUGACCGGGUAUUGA